AAUGCAUUUAAUACAUCAGUUAUUACAAAGUGAUUACACUUAACUAUAACAAAACAAUUUAGACGACAUAAACUGGGAUCAAAAACACUGCCAAGUCUUUACUUUCGAAGCCAUCGUAGUCUACAUUCUGCAGUGUUUCUAUCCGUUUCUUUGUGAGUCCCCCAUUUUGCGCAUUCCCGCUUUGUGCGCGCUCCCCUGGCAAUGAAAGCUAGACGCGUGCAAGUAUCUCACGAUUCCGACUGUUCGCCGUUUCAACCUUUCCCCUAGUUCUCGAGCACUGAGUUCACCGGGUUUACUCUGACACCGCUGACUCCACCGUCACGCCCUCCAACAGCCACGCACCCUCUUUCCUCCAAUCGCGGCACAGUCACGUAUUGAUCACGCUCUGUCUGUGCUCUGAUUGGAAUGCGUCCGCUACACCUUUGUUUUUGAUUGGUAACAUGUUACCACCCGCCAGUCUGCUCUAAAUUUUGUUUCUGUGUUUUUUUUCACCUCCCGUUUUGAUUCACUCAGCUGAGGCCAGUCUCGGCUGUUGGCAACCGCAAUACUUGUGUGCUCAGGGCUGGCUCUUUGAGUGGUCGCAUUGCUACUGUCUCUAUUACUAUUUUUACUCAUACGUUCCUAUGCUUACUUUUACAUCACCCCCGAUUUCAGAGCAGUCUUGUCGGCAGGGCCCUCCGCUCUCCUUUUCCUGCCUCUCCGCCCCUGUGAGGCAGCCAGCAGCCGUGCUACAGGCAACCUAGCACUCGGCAGACGCAAGGUGACUGGGCUAUAGAGACACAUUCACAUCUGUGUCCUCGGAAGAGCCCUCAACCACUGUUCACUGACUGCUGUCUAUGUGGUGUCCUCCACCAUUUUGAGACCCAAACGAUUCAUGACUUGGACAAACGGCUGAUCUAACGGACAUCAGGGUGAUGAUGAUGGAGAGGAAGAGGCUCAACAGCGAGCAGUCUUGCUGCAGCACUUUUGAGUACAACGACCUGGAGGCCGCCGAGGCUCUCGUCAGCAUGAGCUGCUGGGGUCACAGGUCGGCAGUCCACAAGCCACGCCCCCUGACCCCUACCUCAGACUCCUGUGACUCUCUCCUCCUGCACCCUGAGGUCAUGGAGUCCCCCAAAGACCUGAUUGCACUUUCAUCACUGUGCAUGACCCCACCACACAGCCCCAGCUUUGCUGAGACCUCCACGACAACAACCGUCCUCACCGUCACCACCUCAUUGGCUGGGUCAGGCCCGAGACCAGUCUUAACCCGGUCCAGACUCUGCGCGGGUCUACCCCGCAGGAAUAACACCCCCCUCGUCCAACGGCCUGGCCCGGCCCCGGAGAGCUCUGCAGGUCCGGAGCUUCCUAGCCGAGCCAUGGUGACCAGUGUUAUCCGACACACUGCAGACCCGGCCCUCACACAGCCCAGCAACAACGUUCCACCUCAGUCCCUCAUGGGACAGCGCACAAGCACCACUUCCAACAGAAAUCCUACCACAGUCUCCCUGGCCGAGGCCGUUCCCAUCCAGACUGAAUCACGGAGCGGCAGCAAUGGGCCGUGCGUUACCGUAUCGAAGGACCAAGGCAGUUCAUCCUCACCUGACACCAGCACAGGCUCCCCCCCUCCUCUCACCUCAAGGACCACACCCCAGCCCCCCGCCACCUCCCGGUCUUCGACACCCAUCCCAAGCUCCCAGGUUCUCUGCCAGUUGUUUCCUGUCAGUGAGAGGACAGGGAUGAUCUCUGCUUUUGUCCAGGCAGGCCCGCUUCAGAUGACCCAGGGGAACCCUAAGCCCAUACUACCCCAGUCAUCUUCCUCCUUCCCCCAGCCACUCCAGUUGGUGGGAUCGACUCAGGGGACGGUGAUGUUUGUGGUUCCCCAGAGCCCAGUGUCGCAGGCCUCAUCGUGCCAACAAACUGUCAUGACCCUGGGGAACACCAAGCUCCUGCCCCUGGCCCCAGCUCCAGUUUAUAUGCCCUCAGGGCAAAGAAGCAAUGCCCCCCAGGCUGAAUUCUCCCGCAGAAGAAACUACGUCUGCAACUUCCCGUGCUGUAAGAAGACCUACUUUAAAAGUUCCCACCUCAAGGCCCAUCUCAGAACCCACACCGGUGAGAAACCAUUCAGCUGUCACUGGGAGGGCUGCGACAAGAAGUUUGCUCGAUCAGACGAGCUGUCCCGCCACCGGCGAACACACACCGGCGAGAAGAAGUUUGUGUGUAACGUGUGCGAUCGGCGCUUCAUGCGCAGCGACCACCUGACCAAGCAUGCCCGCCGGCACGUGACCACCAAGAGGACCUCCACGUGGCCCGCUGAAGUCCGUGAACUGAACAAGAUGGCGGUUUCGAAGGGCCAAUCGAAUGGUUCCAGUCUUCCUCUCAGUGUGCUGGUGCCAGCCCCAAAUUAACUUGGGCUCUGGGGCGGCACAGUCAUCUCAGGACAAUAUCCCACCAACAACACACAAAACUAGUUGGAAAAAUUCAACGGAAACCACAGGCUGCUACACAUUCAUUGGACAGAAAACAAACUGACCUUGCACUGGAUUUUUUUUUUAUUAUGCUUGUUUUGUACUUCUUUUGAUCUCUAUAUGUAAUUAUGUUUACUAUAAUAUGUAUACAGUAUGUAAUGUUUAGCAAAAUGUAUGCAUUUUUUUUUUUUUUUUGCCAAAGCCUUUGUGUGCUUCUGUGUUACUGUUUGUCUUUGUGCUUGUAAAUAUGUAUAAGAAUAUCUAUAUAUGAAUGUUGCAGUAUUCCAAUCUACAUCUAUUGACAAUACAUCAAUACAUAUUAUUGAUAUUUUAAAAUAUGUCAGUAGACAGUAUUCCUCACUGUGAUACCUACUUUGUUGCUUUGCAUAUUAUUUAAUAAAUGUUUGUUUUAAAGUGCUGUUUUGAUAGCUUGAUUGUGUUUUAUUAAGGAUAUAGCAACCACUAUAAAUACCUCAUAUUAUUACUUAAUAAAUACUAAACUUUAUAAAGACUUACCAUACUAAUAUUAUGAGUAAUCAAUGUAUGAUUUAUUUGUAUAGAUAUGGUCGAUCUUUUAAAAAAGUACUGUCCAAUUUUGCCCUU